GCCCCGCCGAGUCUUUCCGCCGCCGCAGCCGCCCAGCGCCAUGGCUUCAGGCAGCCUCGUCCUCCUCCUGGGCAUCCUGGGGGCCACGGCGCGGGGCAACCCCGGGCCCCUGGAAGACGUGGUGAUAGACAGAUACUAUAUCCCCAAAAUCUGCCUGCGGGAAGUCCAGAUGGGGGAUUUCAUUCGCUACCACUACAAUGGGACGUUUAAAGAUGGCAAAAAGUUUGACUCCAGCUAUGACCGAGGGGCCACCGUGGCCGGUGUGGUGGGCGUGGGGCGGCUGAUCACCGGCAUGGACCGGGGGCUGCAGGGCAUGUGUGUGAACGAGAGGCGUCACCUCAUCGUGCCCCCCCACCUGGGCUACGGCAGCAUCGGUGUGGCGGGACUGAUCCCCCCAGAUGCCACCUUGUACUUUGAUGUUGUCAUGCUGGACAUCUGGAACAAGAACGACAAGCUGCAGAUCACCACCCUCUCCAAACCGGAGCACUGCAAUCGCACGGUGGAGAACUCGGAUUUUGUGCGGUACCACUACAACGGGACGCUGCUGGAUGGCACCCCCUUUGACUCCAGCUACAGCAAGGACAGCACCUACGACACCUAUGUGGGCACUGGCUGGCUGAUCAAGGGCAUGGACCAGGGGCUGCUGGGCAUGUGUGCCGGGGAGAAGAGGAGCAUCAUCAUCCCCCCAUUCCUGGCCUAUGGGGAGAAGGGCUAUGGGACGGUGAUCCCACCGCAGGCAUCGCUGGUGUUCAGCGUGCUGCUGGUGGAUUUCCACAACCCUAAGGAUGGUGUCUUCCUGGAGCACCUGGAGGUGCCCGAGUCCUGCAAGCGCAGGGCUGUGACCGGGGACUUUGUGCGCUACCACUACAAUGGCACUCUGAUGGAUGGGACACUCUUUGACUCCAGCUACUCCCGCAAUCACACCUACAACACCUACAUCGGGAAGGGCUACAUCAUCCCUGGCAUGGACCAGGGCCUGCAGGGGGUCUGCGUGGGAGAGAGGCGGCGGGUGCUCAUCCCCCCUCACCUGGCCUACGGGGAGAAUGGAGCAGGGGACAAAAUUCCUGGCUCAGCUGUGCUCAUCUUUGAUGUCCACAUCAUCGACUUCCACAACCCCGCAGACCAGGUGGAGAUCGAGACCGUGUACCGGCCCGAGGACUGCAACGUCACCACCCGUGACAGAGACUUCAUCCGCUACCACUACAACUGCUCCCUGCUGGAUGGCACCAAGCUCUUCUCCUCCCACGACUAUGAAAAGCCCCAGGAGGUGACGCUGGGGGCCAACAAGGUGAUCGAGGGCCUGAACAGUGGCCUCCUGGACAUGUGUGCAGGGGAGAGGCGGGUGCUCAUCAUCCCCCCACACCUGGGUCACGGGGAGAACGGAGCCCGGGGGGUUCCAGGCAGCGCCGUGCUCCGCUUUGAGGUGGAGCUGAUCUCCAUGGAGGAGGGGGUUCCUGAAGGCUACCUCUUCAUCUGGCACGGGGACCCACCAGCGAGCCUCUAUGAGCAGAUGGACCUCAACAAAGAUGCAGAGAUCACAGCCGAGGAGUUCUCCACCUUCAUCAAGACCCAGGUGGCAGAAGGGAAAGGUCGCCUCAUGCCCAGUUCUGACCCAGAGAAAGUCAUUGCUGACAUGUUCAGGAACCAGGACCGCAACCAGGAUGGGAAGAUCACCUCUGAGGAGCUGAAACUCAAGUCAGAUGAGGACCAGGAGAAGAUACAUGAGGAGCUCUGAGGAGCAGACCCCUCUCUCCCCUGGAGACAGGACUUGUCCUGGCCAUGCCAUGGCCAGUGUCCCACACCAGAUGCCCUGGAAAUCUGCCCCUCCCCAGCCCCCUGGGGGGCAUAAUUUGAUGUUUUUUCCCCCAUGGUCCUUCUGGGCAGGAAAACUUUCCAAACCCCAGCUAAUAAGCCCAGGCAAGAAGGUGGGAAACACCCAUGUUCUUGGGCAUCUGGACACCCCACAGGGAUGGCAGCACCCGCUUUUCCAUGCAGUAUCCCCUCCCCAAGCCCCUGCAUCCUCAGCCAGCAACUGCACAUCCCACUCCAGCCCCCCCACCCACCUCUGCUGCCUUCUGCUGCUUUCCCUCCCCUUCUACCACAGCAUUUUCUAGUUUAGAGUUGGGUUGUUAUUUUUUAUAUGCACAAGUAAAAUUCUUUAGAGAGAAGAAUUAAGGAGAAGCCUUUUGUGCCAGUCCCUGCUGCCAUCCUCCCCAGGACAUGAAGCAGAGAGGGCUCAGGUUCCCUGGGCAAAACUCUGAUGUCCUAUGUGCAUCCACUGUGCCAGAAAGCCUGCCCCAACCCCAAGACCAUGGGGAUGGGACCUGAUAAACCCCUCGUCAGCUGGGAUAUGGAGAAGAGAAAACUUCUCCCACCCAGGCCCCAAGGGAGCAUCAUCAUCCCCAUCCUCAUCCUCCUCGCCCCGCAGUGACAGCCUUCAGUGAUUG